CGAAAGGCUCAAAGUAGAAGAUAGUGUUUCAAUUGUUAAAUAAAAUGCCUGAAAUAUUACAAGUAGAAAAUCUCGAUAAUAUCUUUUGUUUCCAAUCCAUUCCGCCCUGGUCGGCAGUAAUACAAGAGCACUCUCCGCAAUCUCCAACACCAUCACAUCUCCUUCAACACCGUCACCAUGAUUGCCACAAUGACAGAGGCGGUUCCGAUUCAAAUCGACCCCAAGAACACUGGUCUUGUCACAACCGGAAACAUCACACCAGAGUCGAUCGAAGCAUGCAACAAGUUCCUCAAGAAGAACCAUGAGGAGUGGCACAUGUUCUUCCGUGACCGAGCUGGCCACAACCACAUUGCACACAGCCUUCUCUCCGUACUCUCAAUGGGCGGAACCCCUGAAGAUUUGGAAGGUCGUUACGAAGACGGCGUUCAGAUCCAGCGCGUCAUCCCUGACAUCGACACGGAACUGCUCGAGAAGCUGAGCGACAAGAGCAACCCCAACGCCGUUUACGAUGCCUUAAUCGGCGAGGUGCACCAAUACCACACCUUCCUCGAGUUCUUCAAGAACGAGAUCGCGGUCAAGGGAUGGAAAGCCGCCAUCCAGGAGUACGUGCUGGACCGAACCCCAACGGCCGAUCUGAUCCUCGCCCGCAUGUACGAGGGAGCCUAUCACCCCAUCAUCCACCUGGGUCUCGGUGUCGAAUUCGAGCAGCCCGCCAUCGUCGCAGAAGCCCUUGCACAAGCCGCUGCCCACGACGACAGCCACAUCGGCAAGCUCUUCAACGCCGCGGAGCAGGAAGCCGAGAUCUCCUACCCAUCCGUCAAGCCCAAGUCGAUGCUUGACCUGAUCCACGAAGUCCGCGCCACCGACAAGAUCCGCACCGCACCCGUCUGGAGCGACUUCGGCAACAAGAUGCGUGACGGCAUCGUCGGACGUGCGGGCGAAGAGAUGGCGAGCCUCGCCUCGCAGUUCCGCAUCCGCCACGACGAGGAGUCCCUCGAGCGCCGCACUGCUGAAAUGAUCGCAACCUGCGCGUACUUCGCCGGCGCCGCUCAGGACCCCGCAAAGGCCCACAUCCGCAAGACUAAGAUCGACUUCUUCUACAUGCACGCCGUCACCAGCAGCAUCUUCUUCACCGUCUUCAUCCGCCAGCCGUGGAUCAAGCUCGAGGACCGCAUCCGCCUCGUCGAGUGGAAGGGCCGCCUAGACCUCGCCUGGUACGCUGUCUCCGGCUGCUCUGUCCUCGACGGCGCUGCCAUCUCAAACUACUCCUCCCCCGAGAGCGACGGCAUGUCUUGGGAUGACCUGUUCAGCGCCGUCUGCAAGGAGCACGACGACGGACACGCCGCGAAGUUCAUCCGUGCGCUCAAGAACGGCGAGAACUGCGCCAGCAAGUACGAGAACGGGGAGUUCGAGACUUACUUCCCCAUGCGCGGCGAUAUGUGGUUGAGGCUUGCGAGGAUGUGCCAGGACACCACCAAGAAUCUGCACACGGAUCUCAAGUGGGUGCCCUUCACGGGCUUCGAACAGCCCUGGAAGAGGCCAGAUUUGGUCAAGCAACAGCCGCAAUAGAUUGUAAUAGGCGAUGGGGUAAUGAAAUAGAAUUGUGUUGUUUCAUAUUCGUAUAGAUACUAUCUUGAUGGAAUGAAAAAUGAAAUGAAAUGAAAAAUGAAAUUUUACUCUCAGUUUCUCUUUCUCGAUGAACUGAGUUUUAAGCUAUCU